UCUUCUUUUUAAAGUCACGGUCCGAAAAGAACGAAAGAAAAAAAAAAACCAGAACAAACGGACGUUUGGGGAGAAAGCAGACGCCCUGUGGGCGAAGUCAGUUUGGUGGCCAAGAGUCCUGCUUUUUUUUCCUUCCUCCUGUCUCUGUCCUGUCCCUUAUCCUUUAUCCUACAUCCUACUUCUCUCUCUAUACACCCCCCACCCCCGUCGCUCUCUCUGCCUCUGUGAUGCCGGGCUGUGGGUGAGAGUAUGCCCGUGACCAGACUGAAGCUGGGGAAGCUAAAGGUGGUGCGGCGGCAGCUGCUGCAAAGGUAUGAACACCAGCCAUUUGUCUCCUGCCUGGCUGGUCUCUACGGUUGCCAAUGGAGACGAUACCAAAGAGCCCGGGCACAACCAGGAGAGUGCUGCUGCAGCAAGGUGGAGUGUGGCAGUUUUGGCCUCCUGAUCCUCACCUUCCUCCUGAGUUUUGUAUUCCUCUAUUUCUGGAGUGAAGCUCAGAACGACUACAACGACUUUGACUGGUUUAACUUUGGGACUCUGGGUUUCUGGUUUCCCUGGUCCCUGGUCCUGCUGGUUGUUGCUGCUGCCCUCUUCACAUACAUCGCCCUGCUAUUGGUGCUGGCGGUCUGUCUGCUGUCAGAGGGUCAGAGGCUUUACCUUCACUGGAGCCACAAGACCGGCAUCAUUGUGACGUUGGCAUUCUCUGUCACAGCCACUGCCAUCCUGUCCGACCUCUGGAGCAAAGAAUGGAAGACUCUUCUCCUGUCUCUGCAGGUGACAGCACCUUUCCUCCAUGUGGCUGCAGUCUCACUGAUGGCGAUUCUCUCCUGGCCAAUAGCGUUACACUUCUUCCGCAUGAGCAAGAAAGUGCGUCAGGUGGCUAUCCUGGGUCUUUACCUGUCCGUGCUGUUCUCUCUCUACCUGGUCCCUCUGGGAAUGUACUCGCCCUGCAUUAAAGAAGCAGGAACGUUGGGACCGGCCCCGGCACUUAUCGGACACCGAGGAGCUCCACUGCUCGCUCCAGAAAAUACUGUGAUGUCAUUUGAGAAAGCAGUGGAAGCAGGAGGAGAAGGACUGGAGACUGACGUCGCCAUCAGUUAUGAUGGUGUUCCCUUCCUGAUGCAUGACUCCACUCUGAGGAGAACUACUAACGUUGCUGAGGUUUUCCCAAAUCGCACACACCUCGAUGCCUCCAUGUUCACCUGGGCCGAGCUGCAGCAGCUUAACGCUGGCGACUGGUUCUUAUCGAGGGAUCCAUUUGGUACAGCGUCGUCCCUGUCUGAGGUGGACCGCUUGCAGGCCCAGAACCAAUCUGUUCCCUCGUUGGCCCAGUUUCUGGAGGUGGCAGCCCGCAGCGGCAGGCUAGUGCUGUUUGAUCUGCGUAGGCCACCAUAUGGACAUCCCUACAGUCAAUCAUACAUCAACACCACUCUGCAGGUGGUGCAGGCCCACAUCAACUCCUCACAGGUGCUGUGGCUACCGCCUGAGGACAGGGAGGUGGUGCAGGCUGUGGACCCAGAGCUGCAGCAGACCUCUGGAGAAAAAGCUUCUAUUCAGGAACUGACAGACGGACACAUCACCAGACUGAACCUGCACUACAGCACCAUGUCUCAGCAACAGAUCAGUAAAUACCAGUCAGUGAACAUCAGUACUAACCUGUAUGUGAUCAGCCAGCCGUGGCUGUACACCCUGGCCUGGUGUGCCGGAGCUCAGUCCGUAACCACCAACUCCAUCCACGUCCUGUCCAACAUUAAGAAGCCGCUCUUCCUCAUGACUCCAGAGGAAUACAGUCUGAUGUGGAUUCUGACUGAUGCAGUGUCUGCCUUCCUCAUCAUCACCAUUUUCAUAUUCCACUGGUGGAGAGAGAGAGGUCUACCCUUCUGGUCCGGCAGCCAUCAGACUCACGAGAAUGGACCGUACAGCAAGUUCAGGACAGAGCUGAGUGAUGUGUGGUCCGUCUCCAGCGUCAGUGUCCGACCUGAUCUACGGAGCACGCCCAGUUCGCCCAGCACCCCACACCUGCCCACCAUCACAGAGGAGUGACUGGAGGAGAGAGACACGGGGAGACAGAAGAAAACAGAGAGAGAAGCAAGAAAGAAAAGUACAGAUAGUGAGAGAUGUAGAAAAAAAUAUUUGUUUAGAGACAGUGAGGGUUACAGCCCCUGAAUACUGGGUUUUAAAUCAGAAGCAUUUGUCAAUAAAAUUAAACAUUCAUUACUAAAUAAGUAACAAUCAGAUUUAUUAUUAAUUUAUUUAUUUAUAAAAGUUAACAGAAAAAAACACAUGGUUUGGUUUUAAUUCAAAUUUUGCUAAAAUGUACCACAUAAAGAAAACUCAGAAAACCAGAAAUACCAUGUCAAAUAACAAAAUCUGCUCUAAUGUGUUUAUGUGGAACCUCAUCGCUCACAGUUUAUUGAGAAGAUGAGUUUUUGAGGCCUUUAAAGAAACGAUAAAGGAAAAGGGGGGGUGUUAAAAAAAACAAAAAACAUUGGGACCAAGAACAGAACAGAAAAAAAGGAACAGGAGACAGCAACUCUCUCAUCUUUCUCCACUUCCUCUGUCGCCCUCUCUCAGCCCGCGGGCCGAACUGAACUUUCUGAACCAAACGCCAUUCGCUGAUCUGCCAUCAGUGACGGAGGAGAGAGAUUCUGGGCACGAGCCCGGGAGCACCAGUGUCCGUUUUAAUACUAUAAUCUCAUAGAUGCCAUUAAAAUGCCUGGGCAGUGAGGACAGUCAGACCCUGUCCCAGAGGCAGACAUGCUUGAGAACAUUUUCAUCUGUGGUCAUUCAACGCCACCAGCUGAGCUCAACAACGCAAGACAUCGAAGAAAUUAAACCUCACAAAAGAAAGAAGAAAACAGUGAAUGUUUACGGCUGUGACACGCGUCGCUUUCAGUCUUUCCGUUUGCAGUUGAUCAAAAUCAAAUGUUUGACAGAGGAUGAGCGGUGGAGUGAGGAGAAGCUCUGACAGAGUGAAAGCUCAGAGCAGGAGACAUCUGGACCAUGAUAACAUGGACUCUGAAUACCUUCUGUACCAGUUAUACUUUUUCAUUUUCAGCUGUCCAGAUAUCAGGUGCAUUAGACCAAAACUUGUCCAUCUAAUCUCUGUAUGUCUUUGAGUUUGUUGGAUGCGGUGUUUGAACUGUACAGUGUUUGACAGAAUGAAUGUAAAUCCGAGGCUCCAGAAGGUAUUGUUAGUUACUGUUUAUGUUUGUACUAAAAUGAAUGUAUUAUUAAGCGGGGCCAUGUUUCUCAAAAGCAUAUGAGGCGUGUUCUGGCUGGAUCGUUUCACUUUGGCUGCUGAUCUGUGCCAAAUGUAGCAUCAGCUGCUCCAAAUAAAGAUUGGAAAAAGAUGCUUUUGAGAAACUUUAGAGAAACUCUUUUAUCCCGGCAGCAAAUACAGCAUCUGCUUUUUCCUCAAAUAUAUACGCUCACAGUACUUUCUGGAAACAUGGCUAUACUUUAUAAUUUAUCUGUGCUUCAUUGUCCUCAACUCAGUCUGACUUUAGGUCUGAAAUCCAGAGUGUCUUGUCUCAACUUUUCAGGUGUGAAAUCCAAGAGGUUAGGGCCGUUGAUUUUCUGAGGGGUUUUGCCAGUUUGCUGCUCAGUGUUGGAGAUGAAGCAGGACGUGCUGCAGUAAGUGCCAUUAAAAAACAAAAAGACUUUAGAAACAGAAUCACUUUGUUCACCCAGCACAGUAAAUGUACAGACAUUUGUGUAGAAAAUCGAACAGUAGUUUCUGACAGACGUCCCUGCACAUAGUCUACAGGUAUCUGUUGAAAGGAAUCACUGGACAACUGUUCACAGUGUGCUGCUCAUUAUUUUUAACCUACAGUCUGAUUCCAUGUGCUCAUGAUUUUACCCUGCAAAUCUCAUGUUUAGCACUUAGAUUCCCAUUCUGAAACUUGGAUAAAUUUUGGACUUUUGUGUUCAGGAUUUGAUGGAUUUUUGCUGCUGGUCUUGAGUAGACUCGAGGUUGCCCAGUGUUUGUGUGUCCUGUACCGUCCUUCAGUCUCAUGUUGGACACGCAGGCCUGGGUGUGGUCUGUUUAACUGAGGUGCUGCUGUACAGUACAAGUUUCUGGACUAUUUAUUUUGUCCCACAAAGCUUCAAGGCAACAGGAGACUUCUGAAUGAGACUGUGGUCAGUGUAUUCCCUGCUCCUGAAGUCUAAAAAAAAAAAUAAAAAAAAUAUAACGGUGCUAAUACGACCCAGAGCUGAAGGUACAAAGUUAAACCAUUACAGAGCAGAAUCACACGGCUGCAAAUGCAACCAAGUAAGUUAAUGUACUGUAUUGUAAUGAUGGUUAGCAUUUAAUUUGUGUAUUUGUGUUUGUGUUGAGAAUAUUGAGUAGCUGAUCUGCUGGGCACGCUAAGCAUUUUAGCUGUAUUUAUUAAUCAUUAUAGCUGCACAGCCAUAUUUAUUCUAUUGAAUGUUUCCCACCUUAAGACCAACCAUUUUAAGUGAGCGAGUCCGGUGUCAGUGCAGCACUGUGGAGAUGCAUUAGAUUUACAGCUUUGCGUGUGUUGGAUUUAUAAAAGCUUUGUUUUAGAAAUGCUUACUUGAGGUGAUUCUCCACCUAAAAUCUAUCUUCUCAGUAGCAAACUUGGUGGAGACUUAAAUUGUGUCUGUAAAGAGUUUUCCACUGCUGAUUCAAAUGGUGUUAUAUUUUUUAGGUGAAAACAAUAUCCAGACAUCCACAGAAACUUUUGGAUUUUCCAAACACAGUCGGGUGAAAAGGCAGCUCUCCAGAGGUCAAAAACAGUAAGCUCUGACUCUGAGUCAUUAUUUAGCUGUUUUUUGACCUGGUGCGUCGCCUUUUUCUUGGCUCCAGCUCUGGGAAAUGCAGACGUUGUUUGUUAAGGCAGAGCACCCAGCUGAAGUUCAGUGCAGGAGAGGUGCACUUGUUUCUCCUUAUGAAUUCAUAGAAACUUCUCAAACGGCUACACUCCACUGUGUAAUCCACAAAAGUCAAGUCGCUUAUCCAAGUUGUAGAAACAACAAAUAAUGACUUGUAGUUGAUCAAUUGGAUUCAGAAACGGCUUAUAUGAAAGGCAAAGCCCUCUAGAUUAUGCUUAUUAUACCAAAAUAAAGUUUUGUAUCAUUCAUUGAGUUUUAUCAUUUAAUUAGGACAGAAAGGUCAGA